CAGGAAUGGCAGAGUUUUGAGAUGUGGAUUCACUCAGUUAUGAGCGGAGUGAUCAGGAUUCUGUGUUUGCUGUCCUUCUUUGAAGGAUGAUGAAAAACUUGCUGGCCUUCCUGCUCCUCGAACAGUUUCCAUCCUGGGCCACAUUUCUCCUAAUUCUUCUGGUUCUCCUUGUUCUUCUUGUGGUUUCUGGAGGUCUUCUUUUUUAUUUCCGGCACUAUUUUAUGUCAGAUUAUAAGGUGGAAGUGGAUUCAGGGGUGGAGUCUGUCCAGCUGCCCUGCAAAACCACAGUUAGCCUGCCUAAAGACGCUAAAGUUGAGUUUAAGAACAAAAACAACAGGAAGGUCCACGUGUAUCAGAACGGCUCUGACCAGCUUGAAGAACAGCAUCAUUUUUACAGAGGGCGAACAAAGAUGGAGAGAAACUUACUGGAACCUGGAGACCUCAGUCUGACCCUGAAACCCCCCACGGACACAGACACCUACACCUGCACCGUCUACAACAACAGGGGGGAGAUUCUGAUGAAAAAAGAAGUGCUGCUCAUUGUCAGAGUCCCCCAGGUGGAGGUGGAAUCAGGGGUGGAGUCUGUCCAGCUGCCCUUCAACACCACACUUCACCUGCCUGAAGAUGCUAAGGUGGAGUGGAAGGACAAAGGCAGCAGGAUGAUCUAUGUUCAUCAGAACAGCUCUGAGCAGCCUGAAGAACAGCACCAGGCUUACCAAAACCGAACGAAGAUGAAUGAAGACUUGCUUAAAACUGGAGACCUCAGUCUGACCCUGAAAUACCCCACAGAUGGAGACAACAGGACCUACACCUGCACGGUCUACAGCAGGGAGGGAAACAUCCUGCUGAAGAGACAAGUGCAGCUGAAAGUCAGAGUCUGUCGGGUGGAGGUGGAUUCAGGGGUGGAGUGUGUCCAGCUGCCCUUCAAAUCCACAGAAAACCUGCCUGAAGACGCUAAAGUGGAGUGGAAGGAUGGGAGAUCCAGAACAGUCCAUGUGUAUAAGAAAGGCUCUGACCAGCCUGAAGAACAGCACCAGGUUUACAGAGACCGAACAAAGAUGAACAAAGACCUGCUGAGAACUGGAGACCUCAGUCUGACCCUGAAACACCCCACAGACUGGGACAGCGAAGAUUUCAUAUGUGAAGUUUGGAGGAGUGGAAACAUCCUUAGAACAAAAUCACUGCUGCUCAAAGUCAGAGGUUUGGUCCUUUGUUUGUCUUGUUUUCCUGGCUGCCACUGA